AUGCCUCAAUGUCCAUCGUGCGGAAAAAUUCUGAAGGACCACACAUCUGUCGCUCGCCAUAUGAGCCAGCCCCGGUCUGGCUGCAACACGUGGCUAGAAGAUAUCAUCAAGCUUAAUUCCCUCAUUCCACCCUUGGACCCAGUGAAUAUCGAGCACGACAUUUCUCAUGAACCAGAACUCGGAGGCGAGGCGAUGGUGGUUGACUUUGGUGAUGAUGGCGGUGAAUUCGGUGAUGAAGAGAAUAUCAUGGGAGGUGGAAUUAUGGAUGAGGGCGGUGAAGUAACCGAAUACUAUCCUGACCCUCCACUUGCCUAUCAGGAUGGCUACACCUUUUUGAACCUAUUUGACGCUGACGAAAAUAGUGUGUAUCGCAAGAACAACCUUUACUAUCCAUUUAGUGGUCGAAGAGAUUGGCAAGUUGCGGCAUGGCUGCUUCGUUCGGGCCUGAGCAUGGGCAAGAUCGAUUCCUUCCUAUCGCUUGAAAUGAUCAAAGAAUUACCUUUGUCAUUCUCCUCAGCUAAAGAACUACGGGGUCGAGCUGAAAUGCUCCCCAGUGGUCCGCGUUGGAUGUCCAAAGUAAUACCCACAUCGCAUACAACAAAGUCACCGGUAGUUUUAUAUUGGCGCGACCCUCUAGAAUGCAUCGCCAGCAUCUUCAACAACCCCAUAUUUCACAAUCGUAUUGAUUCCAGGCCUCGCAAGGUGUACACUACUGCAGAGAAGCGGUGUCGUGUAUAUACUGAAUGGAUGACGGGAAAUGAUGCUUGGGAUAUGCAGGCGGCUAUACCUAGUGGUGCGACCCUCCUCGGUACCAUCCUAUCCUCCGACAAGAUGAACAUCACUGCCUUAACAGGCGAUCGCGUUGCUCACCCACUUCUUAUAAGCCUUGCAAACAUACAUAUAAAUAUACGUCUAAAAUCGUCUUCGAGUGCUUUCGUUCUCACCGCUCUACUACCGGUCCCGAAGUUCGUGCAUAAGAAGAAACGAAUGAAGGGUGUAUUGGAGGAUCGCCUCAUACAUGAAUGUUUGGACAUCGUUCUUGAACCUCUGAAACAGGCCAGCUCGACAUGGCGUCAUGCUAUCGGAUCCCAUUGGCAACACUUACAGUUGUGCGUUCCACGCGCUGAUCCCCUCGAUAUCGAGGCCUUCUUCCGCGAGGCACAGAAGUUCCGCCUGAAUGGGGUUGCUGAGCUGUUCUUUCGAGACUGGAUACUCGCGGAACCAUCUCAUUUCUUUACACCGGAAGACCUUCACCACAUUCAUAAAGAAUUCUGGGACCAUGACGCGCAAUGGCUCAUUUGUGCAGUCGGAGAGUCCGAGAUUGAUUUCCGGUUUUCUGUUUUGCAGCCGAUCACUGGUUAUCAGCACUUCCACGGAGGCAUUUCGAAACUGAAACAGGUUACCGGUCGUUGUCAUCGUGAUGUUCAACGAUACAUCAUUGCAGUAUGUGCGGACGCAGCUCCUGGUUUCCGUUAUCGUGUGCAGUCACCACGCAUCGACGACGAUGAUAUCAGGCGCAUAUCAGGCGCAUUGGACGAGUUUCAUUCAAACAAGGAUUCAAUUAUCGCUGCGGGAGUUCGCCGAGGGAAGGGUAAUAGACCUAUUGCCAAUUGGCAUAUACCCAAGUUGGAGUUAAUGCAGAACAUUGUUCCAAGCAUUCGCAACUCUGGGGUCAUCAGACAGUGGUCUGCGGAUGUCACAGAACAUGCGCAUGUGACUGAAAUCAAAGACCCUGCAAGGGCAAGCAACAAUCACAACUACGAUCCUCAGAUAUGUCGACACUUGGACCGUGCCGAAAAGUGUCAGCGCUUUGAGCUCGCCACUAGCCUUUUGGAUGCAAAACAGACUACUGAGCAGCUGGAGAACAUCAACAUCGAUGCUGACGCUGACGAUGCCGAUGCCGAUGCUGACACUCCAAUCGAACUUUCCGCGGUGCAGGAACUCCCACGUCGUCCUGUCAUCAGCUAUUUUGCCAUUGCUAGGGCAUUGCAGUACAGACCCCUGGGUUCCGUACCUCUUCCAUUACGUUCAUUUGUCGUCGGCCGCACUGCAUUUCAUAUUGCAUACGAUGCGUCCAUUAGGAAGAUCUCUAUCGACGACGUCGCCAUCAAAUUUUCCCUUCCAGAUCUGCGACCAGCUAUCGCUGAUUUCAUUCAGCGUGAGGCGACUUGUGGAGACCAACACAUCCAUGCAAUAGGCGGUCCAAGAAGAGGGGCACAUACGGCUAUCCUUCCUUUUGACAGGGUUCAAGUCUGGUUCAAAGUUCGCUUACAAGAAACAGAAUUUCACGAUGCUCACACUAUCAGACCAGCUCAAACACUAAAUUGUGCCCCACCCUGCCACCCCUGGAAUUUAGGUCGUUAUGACACAGCUAUCGUUCAAACUAGUGCGGGCUUUUCAUGGCCUAGUAGUGGACUUUCAGGUCACACUGUCGCCCAGAUCAGACUGAUCAUGCGGCCUAUUGGUAAGAGCGGCACAUCAUGGUCAUGGAAAGACCAAUUUCUCAGCUACGUGCAACACUUCGAUAUCUCGCAUGAUCGUGAUGCAACUACGCAACUUCAUGUACUCAAACGCUCAAAAUGCUCAAAUGGUGUUCGGAUGGGGGACGUGAUUCCGCUCUCUCAACUAAGGGCGCCUAUAAAUCUUGUUCCUCGCUUUGGAGCCACUGCAGAUAAACACCUCACUGUUUAUAAUAGCAUGGAGCAUGCCGCAGAGUUUUGGUUGAAUGAGUAUUGGGAAAAACACACAUUCUUCGCCCUAUCAGCAUAG